AUGCAGUCACUUCCAGGGGCCUUCCUGAAGAAAUUAAUGAUGGCAAAUGUGAAUGCCAGGAGUGUCAAAUGUAUGUCCUCUGACCAGGAGGUUUCCUAUUGUGAUGUAGACAACCUGGACACUGACCAGGAGGUUUCCUAUUAUGAUGUAGACAACCUGGACACUGACUCUGAUACUAGUGAUGUCAUUAAUCCACUGGACCUGAUAACUGCCCUGUUUCUGUGUUCAGAUGGUUUCCUGCAGCAGGAGAUGGUCCAGAAAAUGUCCAUGUGUCAGUUUGCUGUUCCUCUGCUGCUGCCCAACUGUGACACAAAACAAAGCACUUUGAUGCUGUGGGCCUUGAGGGACAUAGUGAGGAAGUUUAGAUCGUCUUCACAAACAUCCACAAAGGCUUUUGUGGAGGAGAGAAUUGUACUCUCUGAUAUUCCCAUGGUGUCCUUUGUUAGGUUAGGUGAGAUUAGAGUGUCCAAGUCUCAGAUCUUGAACAAGUUGCUUAGUAACCCUCAGCAGUACCAUGAUACAUUUGUUCAUCAUGAUAUGGAAUGUGGCGACAUCCCUCAUAGAAUCUCAGAUGGUCUGGUUGAAAUCAGCUGGUACCUUCCAUGUGGGAACCGAAACAUAGACAUCUUCACUAAGCCUGUGGUGGUGGCCAAUCUCAGAGGAGACAUCAGGUCCUUUGAAAAACAGUUCUCCUUUCUGUGUCAAACAUCAGCUGCGGUUUACAUUUUCAUUGAUGAUUUUGAGGCAGAUCUCAAGGUUUUGGAAGGAAAAAUCACAAAAGCAGAGUUAUUUCUGGUUGUCAACUCUCAGAAUAAAACAUUCAGGGUGGACACAUUGAAGAAAAUAAUCACAAACUACAGUAUCAACCCCACAAAUGUGAUUGUGAAGAAGAAGCAGAAUGAUGCAGAAUUUGUCAAAACCCUGCAGUCGUCUGUGGGUGACAUCAUUGAAAAAAGUAAAAACAGAUUGACAAUUGAAAACAUGGCUGAUGUGGCUCAUCAGUUUGGGAUUCUGGUUGAUGAAGACAGUGAUGAGUGUCAGAGUGCCAGGAAGAUGGCAGAUGAAAUCACCAGCAACAUCAAAGACACAAUUAAAUUCAAAGACAAACAGCUACCCUUACAAGGGCAAGUCUGGAAAGAGCUUUCCCAGUUGGAGAAAGAGAGGUGUAGACUGAGAAAACAAGGGGAUCAAGACAGUUCUCUGAAUACAAAGGAGGAAGAGCUGAGAGAGAAACAGUAUAAAUGUGACAUGUCAGAUGCAAUGAAAAGGUUCAUUUUAGGAAUGUCAAGAUCAGGACCUGAGCGUUCCUAUUUCCUCAAAUGGAUGCGGAUAAAUCUGGACAAUCUGUCACGUCAGAACCUGUCUGCUUUGAGGGACCGGUACAAAGAUCUUUGCCAACAUUCUCCGGAGAAAAAAGACGACAUUAAAGAUUUGGAUAAGCAAUUAUCUGACUGUUCCUUGGGUCUUGAACACUUCCUGCGUGAGUUGGGCCAGUUAUAUGAAGCUGCCUGCUUCCUCCCUGAAGACAGUCCUCAAAAGAAACAGAUGGAGCAUCUCCCUGGAUUGUGUGCUCAGAUGCUGUUGGAUGGUUUCCCCAUUGAGCUUGUGGAUGGAGAUGCAUCAAAUAUCCCUCUGAAAUGGAUUUCAGCUGUUCUGACUCAGCUUCAUACUCUUGUGGACUCUAACAGUAAGAUCCUGGUUGUCUCAGUUUUAGGGGUCCAAAGCACUGGGAAGUCCACUCUCCUCAACACCAUGUUUGGGGUCCAGUUUGCUGUCAGCAGUGGAAGAUGCACCAGAGGGGCCUUCAUGCUGCUGAUUAAAGUCAACAAAGAACUCAAGGAGGAGCUGAAAUGUGAUCAUUGA